UGACGGCUCUAUGUGGCUGGACUGGGGGUGGGCCGGCUUUGGUGGGGUAUUUCCAACUAUUGAUAUUUUGUAGCUUUCACUUCCUAGUUUUUGUGCUUCAAGAAAGUUCAAAGGAACAGGAUCUAGUUUCCUUUUCAGCAGCAACUUAGAGACGGUGCUAGGUGCAAGCAGAGCCCAGAACAUCGCCAGCUGCGGAGCAGAAGUCAGCUAGAGGGAAAGAGGCACCAUGGAAGACGAAGACAGACGGGACUUGAUCUCCACCCAGGAGCGACCUGCUGAUGGCAUCAUGGCCCCAGACUCUGGAGCACAGAGGAAUUACUGCAGCCGCGGAGCCGUUUACUCUGCUGUCUCCAUCUUGGUGGCCCUGCUGAUUGCCGGCCAGGCCGUCACCGUCUACUUCGUGUAUCAGCAGAGUGGCCAGAUCAGCAAACUGACCAAGACCUCCCAGAAUCUGCAGCUGGAGGCCCUGACCAGGAAACUCCCCCAAAGUGCCAAGCCAACUUCCAAGCUGAGGAUGGCAAAGUUCAGCAUGCCCAUGGUCAUGAGGGAGCUGCCACUCGCCCCGAAGGUGGACAUGACGCCCCUGGAGAACACGGCCAAGCUUAGCAACAGCACCCCGGAUCAAGUCAAACAUCUGCUGCUGCGGGCAGACCCCAGCAAGAUGUUCCCUGAGUUAAAGAAUAACCUGAUGGAGAAUCUGAACCACCUGAAGAACACCAUGACAGACCGAGACUGGCAGUCCUUUGAAUCCUGGAUGCACAAGUGGCUACUCUUUGAAAUGGCCAAAACCCCACAAACUGUGCAGCCUACUGAGAUCCCAGCAGAUGAAGUGCAAUCUAAGUGCCAGGCGGAAUCAAGUUUUAGUGGUGUCUACCCGGGUCGGUUCCGCCCCCAGUGUGACGAACAUGGUGACUAUCUUCCCAAGCAGUGCCAUUCCAGCACGGGGUACUGUUGGUGCGUCUACAAAAAUGGCACCAAGAUCGAAGGCACUGAGACCCGUGGAAAGCUGGACUGCCCUGUUACUCCGAGUGGUUUGGAAACCGAAGAACUGAUGUAUUCGGGUGUGGAUCUGCUGAAGCUGGAUUCUGGGAAAGAACCUGCCAAGUAGAAGAGGACGCAGAGGCCUGGCACCUUCUGUCUCUGCCUCCAGUUUGCAGAGUUACCGCUCACAUUCUUGCUCUAUUUCACUCACGCUUUUAAAUUGCUUUCCUGAAUUACAGCAGCAGCCGCUGAGUGCCUCUGUUCAGGCAUUGAGUAAUAUUGAUCGUCUUAGCAGGCGAUCCAAAUGGGUAGAUUAUAGAUCCUUGUCCGCCAAACCCAGUGCCUCUCCCUGUACCAAGAUGUGCUGUAGCAAGCCAGCAAAAUAUUAGGACUUUUAGUGGAGAAAGGAUGCAGUGCCCCCCUGAACUGCAAUCAAAGGCAGGCGAAGGAUAAAGCUCUUAGUGCUUUCUUGGCUAAUCAGAGCACAUUAGCAGCUGCAUGUAUAACCACAGGUGUCUGAAUAGCGAUGGGGCGUGUGCAGUACCACUGCUCCUGUAACAUCAGCACUGUCCAAGGGGAAGAGGGGAUCCAGGUCCAAAACAUGGUCUAUUUCAAUUGAAUUAUCUCAGUGUAUUGUUAAUUAGAUACUCUGGACAUGAUCCUUCCCUCCCUUACAGCGGUGGAGUUAUUUCCGGUUUACAACAGUGUAUGUGAGGAGAAUCAGGCCCUAUGUUCGCUUAUAUAUGGCUCUGAGGGUCUGGAUGAGUUCUCAAACCAUGGUCUUGGGAUGGUCAGCCACCGGUGCAGACUUGCCUGGUUGUUCCAAGAAAAAGAACCAAGUGUUUGUGUGUGCAGGGGGAUGUCCAUAAGGUUCUGCCUGCCACAGCAUUGAAUGAUAAUGCUAGGGUAUGUCUGGAUCUCUCUUCAGUGCAACCUCCAAAUUCACUGAACCUGCCAGCCGCUCUUAAACAUGUAUUCAAUGCUGAUAAGUAGCAUAGGUCUUCUCUCCCCGUUCCUAAAGGACCAAGCUGGGGUAGGCAGUAUCCCACCCUCUGAAGCACAUGCUAUUCCAGAUUACAUGGGCAGGAGCAUUCAGCCACUGAAAUCCCCUGAUCGCUUGAGCAAUGCUUUGCGCUUCAUCACAGUGUUAGAGAGCUUAGUUUGAGAACCUGGCUAGCAGUGGGUUCGAAGCGCCUCCGGGUCCAUGGGUCACCUCGGAGUGGUGGGGAAAAUCUAAUCAAGAAGGCGGUAGGCAAGGUUUGGGAAUGCUCAAGCUAAAGAAUGGGCCAGUGGCUUUUCCUCACACUGAACAGACAUUAAAUGCAGCAGCAGCAAUGAACUCUGAUCUUAACCAAAUUAAGUGGGCUGCAGAGGGACAUUAGCAUACUAGAGGAAUGCAGGCUUCCUUUAUUUUUUAAACAGGCAAAUGAGUUUAUAUGGCUGUAUUUCCCCAUCCCCCGCUUAACCCUGGUAUUUGGUAGGAUCUUUGUUGAACAGGUAAUGUAAUAGCUAAUCUUGGAACUAGAACUGUGUGUUUUGAAUGUAUUUGACCGUCACAGCAUAACCAAACUCACAAGGCUGAUGAUUUCAAAUAAACUUUUAAUAAUGACCGCCACUAAAAAA